UGUUUCUUGAAUCCUGAAAUAACACUUCCCAUGUGAUGACUGAUGCAAACUUUGAAAGUGGACAAGAGACACACUAUGUUAAUCCAUUCAUUCAGUCUGCUAAGCACAGAACUUUUUGUAAGUCUAGCUCACGCAUACAGAAGGAUCAGCGUGGAGACUUGCAGACAAAAUUCAUGCCAUGUAAAUGCCCUUGUGGACAAGCAAAUGUAUGUACAGUAUGUAUUAGGCAACCGUGGCAAUGCAGCCUAUAGUCAAUGAGUCCGAGACUGUGGAGAUUGGGAGCAAAUUAAAGUUUGUGCCAUUUUGAGUUCAAGAGACAUCCUGUUCAUGAGAAUAUGAUGGCAGACAAACUGAAAACAUAAGACCAGAAUUAUAUGUUCUGCUUUCGUGACUAUGCAAGGGUCUAAGUAAUGUGACUUUUGUCAUUUUCCCAAAUACGCAAGGGUUUGAAUGUCUGUGUGGAAUCCAAAAUUUGUGUUCAUAUGGAGGAUGUCACGGCCCCCUCCCUGGUCCCUGCACCGUCCCUCACCCGACCUCCUGUGACCUCCUCUUUCCUUCCUCUCUCCCUCCUUUGUUGCUCUCCUUCUUUAUUUCUCCCUUUCCCUGUUCUUCCCUCUCCCUCCACUCUGCUCUCCUUUCCUGUCUCUCACUCUGUUGUGUCGCUCUGUGCAGCAGCUGCAAGUGAUCACUAUCAGUCUCCUCAGCUUCAUCAGCAGAACUCCAGGCAGCUGCGGCACAGCACACCUGUCCCUGAUCCUCAGCAAUAAAAGCCGGUUCCACACUCAACACUCUGCCAGAUUGUUGCUUCAGCUUCUGCUACAAGAGUCUGGCACUCACCUCUGGAAGAGUUUAAUCUGGUCCUGCCUGCCUCAGGCCUGUCUUCACUGCCCAGCCUCAGAUCCCCGUUUCUUGCUCUAAAGCAGUGGUUCCCAACCUGUUUGGCUUGGAGCCCCCCUCUAUAAGAUGCAACCCCCCCCCAAUAGGUACACAAUAGGUACAAGUCUGUCUGCUAUGCAUAACGAGCACAAACGCAUAGGGCUUCUGUGGAUAGUUCCGAAAGGCUGGCUGACUUUGGUGAAUCUCCUUGCUUCGUCGGUCUGCGUGACAAGCAUUUGUUUUGAGCACCCUUAGCUUUCCUGUCACAUUGGAGAGCUUUCAGUGCGUACAGUCUGUGUAUAAACAGGUUUCCCCAUGAGCCCUUGCAGACUUGGCCAGGCGAUGAAGCUUACGCACACCCUUCGGAUACGUGAAUAAAGACGCAAUGAGUUGGGCUGUAAUAGGAAGGCCUUUGAAGUCAGGAAAGCCACAAGGAUGGAGAUUGGGAUUGAGCCCAGGUAGAAAUUUGUGCCACUUUUGAGGACAUUUUCUCCGGGCAAAAAAGAGUUCUCACAACCCUUUGUAGACUUGAAGAUGAUGAAAUUUACAUCACACAGAUCACUGGAGACACAAAUUUGAAUCCUGUGGGAAGUGGAGAUUAAGUGUGGAGAUUAAUGUGGAGCCCAUAUCCAAAUACAUGCCAUGUAUGAAGAAAUUCCCUGCAGGCGAAUUUUACAGUCGUGGGAUGGCAUUCAUACUGAAAACACAAUCCCUUGACAUCUCCCUAAGUAUGAGAGAGUCCGUGUUGAAACUCUACAGAUAUCGACAUGCUUCCCAAAGUUUGUACGGGUCCACAAAUGUAGAAAUCAAGACUUAAUGACCCUGGUCUCAGCUGUCACUGGCACAAAGGCAUAAAAAAUCAAAAAUAAACCUCGUACUGGGCAGUGUUUUCAGAUUAUAGCAUGUUUAGCCUUCAAAAUCCAGUAUCUGUUAGGCCGCAACGUAAAAGUUGUAAUAACUGAUGUCAAGGCUUUUAUUGAUGAAGACACAAUGAAAGGUGUUCAGUUGUAACAAUUUUAAUUUCCUGUCAUGAACUUGAUCAAGCACAAAAAAGCCUUUCACAACACAAGGAGAGACUGAGAAAGAGCAUACAUUACAGAGAUGAUAGAUGGCAUUUGCUCUCACCUUCAUGGUAAAGAAGGGAGAACAAAAAAAAAAUAAAAGCGAGAAUAAAAACUUGGUUCAACUUGUUUUUCCAUCGUGAUAAAAGCUACAAAAGAAAAAAAAACUAAUGUUAAAUUUUCUCGAGAACAUACAGAAAUAUAAUACAGAAACAUUUAAAAAAAAAAAAAAUCUCCCCCUCCCUCCCCUUCAUGUCCCCUUUUCCCCACCCUCUACAUUACUCCUGAAGCCGAGGGCAGUACGAUCACAGAUGAACAAAUAUCAAGUACUGUACACAGACACGAGUCAUCACGGCUCCACUGAAACCAGACCUUUUUCAGGAGAGCACUCACAAGCCACCAUCUACAGCCCCAAUCUGCAGGAUGUGUCCAACUAGAUCAGUUAAUCACAGGAAUAGUAUCUUUGACUGCUAAAAGUGCGUUUUUAAGGGCGUGUGUUGCAAGUGUGCUGAUUUGUGACGAUUAGAAAAACCAACAGUGGAGAACCCAAAACGUUGCAUCAGUGUCUUGUGUUUUUGAUUUGUCUCGAGUGAUUUCACGUUAGAUGUUGCAUCGCAGAUUGGGGCUUUAAGUGGAAUUUGCAAAACUGUGUGUUCUCCCGUCUAACCAUCAUGAAGGCUGUGUGUGUGUGUGCGCGUGUGUGUGUGUGUGUGUGUGUGUGUGUGUGUGUGUGUGUGUGUGUGUGUGUGUGUGUGUGUGUGUGUGUGUGUGUGUGUGUGUGUGUGUGUGUGUGUGUGUGUGUGUGUGUGUGUUCUUGUACUUACUACGUUGUGAGGACUGGCGUGAGUUUUUAACCAACACAGUGAGAACAUUUUUGGGAAGUGAGGACAUUUUGGCCGGUCCUCACUUUGUCAUGCUUUAAAUCAGCUCCUAAGGCUAUAUAGAAGCUAUCCUGUGCUUUUCACAAAAAGACCUCAAUUUGGAUCAAUGUUGAGAAUUUUUCACCAGAAUUUCACACACUUUUUACUCACUACUCUGCCUACUGUUGAAACUGGGUACUGCACCCACUAAAAGACCGUCAUGCUCUGCAGCACCAAUCUCAACAUAUGCCAACGCCUAUUUCCGGGAAAGCGCUACCUGAGCACUUCAAAAUAAAAGUUGGCUAAAAGCUGAUAGACAAAAUAAAAGAGGGAAAUUAAUAGCUCAUAAUUUAGUUUCUGUAAAAGCCUCUCCACUCAUUGGCAUUAAAAAUAAAGUAAUUAAAAUACAUUUUGAACACAGAAAAGUUGACUAAUGCACCUUUAACAUAUGAAGUACCUGACCCCAGGAAAAUGUUGAUAAUUCACCAUUUUAAAAUGACUAUUCAUUUUAACAGUUUUGGUUGACACAAAGACAUGAAGGCCAUAAAUAGGUGACCACAAAAAUUGAUAUUAGGCCUAAAUUAGUAUGUUAUUUUCCAUGGUGUUGUUGUCAGAGGCCCCUUUUCAAACAUUAGUUGUAUAUAUUAUUUAUUUAUUACAUUUGGCUCAAAAUUCAUGCUUUUGAUUCUAUUUUAUACUUACAUGUUUUACCAUGCUUACCACUGAGGUUUAGGCUAUAAAAAUGCUUUGCAGUGUUCUUACUGUUCUAUGCUUGCACAUAUAAACUAAUGUACCAAAUAUUUCACAGCACAAAUGUCCACCAGCUGUGGAGCUUACAGUACUAAUUUUACAUGCACAUAUUAUCUGUGUGCUACUCCCCACCAACACAAUGAUGAGGUGUGUUUUUUUUGUGGAAAGCAAUUUUUGGUCUCUAUGCAUUUUAAAAUUCAAUUUAGAUCAUGAUAAUCCUGAAUCCCCUGGACCAAAGUCUUGUUUGGCCUGAUGGAAACAAGUCGACUUUGGUUUUGGAGAAGUCUUAAGCACCUCUGCAAAUACAGAUGGGUGAAAAUUAAAGGAAAAUCAAUGUGUAUGCAGCCACCCUGGGCCUACAGAACAGCCUCACAGUAUAUGGAAGUCUACAGGACAGAUAACCAUUCUCCUUAAGAUUUCUCCUCAGUAACACAAACUUUUAUUUAAGCAACUUAAUUGACUUAUUUACUCAGAUAAUCUAAUAACCUGCAUUUAAUAUGUUUCUCCACUCAUCUAGCAUUCUUUUUAAAAAAUUUGUCCUUAAAUUUCUCAGUAAAUAAAUCAAGAAGUUAAAUAUUUUGAUCUGUAUUGUUUAAUUAGGUGUCCCUUUUUAUACUUUUAGGAUUUGUGUGAAAUUCUGAUGCUGUUUUAGGUGAAAUUUUAAGACAGGACUAUGAAAGGGGUAAUGAAGUUUUAAGAUGAGUUUUCAGGGUCAGAGCUGCUCCUGUGUGCUCCCCCCUCGCUGAUGGCUCGUUCACCAAUUAUCCAAUCAGAGGUGGAGAAUCGAGGUGAAGAGGUCAGCUCGCUGAGACCUGCCCAAGCACCUCUGCAAAUCCACAUGGGGGAAAAUCAAUGUGUAUGCAGCCACCCUGGGCCUUCACAGUAUAUGGAAGUCUACAGGACAGAUAAACAUUCUCCUUAAGAUUUCUCCCGUCACAAAAACUUUUAUUUAAGUAACUUAAUUGACUUCUUUACUCAGAGAAUCUAAUGAUCUGCAUUUAAUAUGUUUCUCCACUCAUUUAGCAUUCUUUUUUAAAAUUUGUCCUUAAAUUUCCUCAAUAAAUCAAGAAGUUAAAUAUUUUGAUCUGUAUUGUUUAAGUAGAUGUCCCUUUUUAUAGUUUUAGGAUUUGUGUGAAAUUCUGAUGCUGUUUUAGGUGAAAUUUAAAAAGACAGGACCAUGAAAGGGUUAAUGAAGUUUUAAGAUGAGUUUUCAGGGUCAGAGCUGCUCCUGUGUGCUCACCUCCUCCCCCCAUGCUGAUGGCUCGUUCACCAAUUAUCCAAUCAGAGGUGGAGAACCGAGGUGAAGAGUUCAGCUCGCUGAGACCUGCCCAAGCACCUCCACCUCAUCUCUCCUCUGACUCCGACAUCCAGCAUUUAACAUGGAGAGAUUUAAAAGAAGACUUGGAACUUUACAGAGAUUUGAAAAUGCUCGGGCCAAAAAGGACCACUGCCCCUCAUCAGGUGAACAUACACCUCUCGAAGGGACGUGUGGUGAUAAAGCUUGCUACCCCCCAUCAGCACCAUCACCAUCCAGAGAAGAUGAGAUGCUCACAGAGGAGUCAUCUAGUCACAGUGGAUCUGAUGCAGACUACAAACCACCAUCAUCACCAUCAUCCAGUGAAGACAAGGUGCUUGCAAAGAAGUCCCAGUCAUCCUGCCACAGUUCACCAGAGAAGCACCAAAGUCAUUUGUCAUCCAUUGAAACUGAGAUUGGGGAAUCUAAGGACCAGAAGGCCAAAGGUAAAUCAGUUCAAAUAGAUACGGAGUCAAAAGAAAAAAGGAUGUUUCGAGAUGGCAAAAAAAGGCUGCAGAUUACUGUUAAAACAAGCAAAAAAAAGGACGGUGCCAGGGUCUGGGACAAAGCUCAUUACUGUGUAUACUGUAAAAAGGCCCAAUUGAAGAUAGCCAGACAUCUAGAAAGAAAGCAUGGUGAUGAAUGUGAUGUCGCCUAUGCUUUUAGUUUCCCAGUUGGCUCCAAACAAAGGAAGAUACGGUUAGAAGGCCUUCGUAACAAGGGCGACUGGCAACAUAAUCUCAGCGUCUUAGAGGAAGGAUAUGGUGAGAUUGUAACAUGGAAACAGCCUUCUGCAAAGGUAGACAUAGAGAAAUACCUGCCAUGUCAACACUGUUAUGCAAUGUUCAAGAGGACUGAACUCUGGAGGCAUGAGAAGUCAUGUAGAGAACGGAAAAAGGAAAGACACAAAGGCAAAAGAGCAAGAGUACAAAAAUCUUCCUCACAUCUAAUUCCAAUCAGAGAAUCAUGCAAUGGAGUACAAACAAUCAUUCACUCUAUGCUACAGGAUCAUGUAACCUCUCAUAUCAGGAGUGAUGAGAUGAUUUGUGCAUAUGGAGAUGCAUUAUUUGCAAAAAAGGGCCGUGAAGAAUCUCAGCACAGAUACAUUGCACAAAAGCUGAGAGAACUGGGACGGUUUGUGUUGGCUGCCAAGGAGAUUGACAAGCAUGUCCAAAGUCUUAAAGACAUUUGUGAUCCAGCAAAUUUUCAACUGGCAAUUAAAGCAGCUAGGCAUGUGUCAAACUAUGAUGCAAGCAAGAACGAGUAUGGAAAGCCAUCUACAGCUGUUAAAAUUGGUUUUUCACUCAAAGGGGCAACUGAGGCCUGGAUAGGCCACUGUUUGAUGAGAUCUGAUGUCAAAACUGAGAAGAAGGCAAAAAAGUUCAAGGAGUUGCUGGAGAACUCCUGGUCCACUUACGUGUCGACUAAUGCCCAUAGCACAAUUGAGCAACGGAGGUGGGACAAAGAAGACAACGUACCUCUGACAGAGGAUGUAGUCACUCUCCAGAACUACCUGAGGAAAGCUGAGGAUGAGGCAAAGGCAGAGUUGAGAGAGCAUGUGAGUACUACAGCAUACAGAAAGUUAAGUGAGAGCCUUCUUGCACAAAUAAUCGUGUUCAACAAGAAGCGUGAAGGAGAAGCAUCACGUUUAACCCUGGAGACAUAUCUAAAAGCAGACACCGGCCCUGUGAAUAAGGACAUAUAUGAGACUCUAUCACCCGUGGAAAAACAACUGAGCCACAGACUGACACGUUUGGUGACACGUGGAAAGAGAGGGAGAAAGGUCCCCAUCCUACUUCUUGAGCGCACAAAAGCUUCGCUUGACUUCCUGAUUGAAAAACGGACAGAAGUUGGCAUACUUGAGGAGAACCCAUUUCUGUUCGCAAGGCUUGGCACAACAACCAAUCUUCGUGGGUGUGACUGCCUCAGAAGAUAUGCAGAAGAGAGCAAAGCCAAAAACCCAGAACUGCUGAGGUCAACAAAGUUAAGAAAGCACGUUGCUACCCUAUGUCAGCUUCUUGACCUCAACAAUCAGGAACUUGAGCAAGUUGCUCGUUUUAUGGGGCAUGAUAUCAGAGUCCACUGCGAGUAUUAUCGGCAGACGGAUAAAACAUUCCAAGUGGCCAAGAUUGGCAAACUUCUGUUUGCGAUGGAACGUGGAGCAGAGUCACUGAAAGGGAAGAGUCUGCAAACACUGGACUCUGUUAUCAGUGGUGAAGGACAUACAGCCACCCCAACCAAAGGUCUGAAAGGUGUCAAAAAAAGAAGGACGUCAGAUACAGGCAGACAACGGGAAGCUCAUGAUGAUGGUGAACAGCUGAUAACCACAAGCUCAUCAGCUCAGAGGCAAAAGAAGACUGUCACAAGACGAAGACAUGAUGAAGAUGAUGAUGGCUCUGAUGGAGAGGUGCCACAUUCAGCUGCAGCAAGGUCACUUGUAAAGAGACAAUGGCAGACUGCAAGAAGACAUGGUGAAGAUGAUGGUGGUGCUGAUGAGGAUGAUGGGAGUGAUAACACCAGUCAAGUUGGAGAGCUGCAAGAAGAUACCAACAGAGGGACACAAAAGAUGACUACAGCUAAAGAAAAACAUGAUGACAGUGAUGAUGACGAUGAUGUGAGUGAUGGCAAGACUGGUCCAGGCACUGAAAACACAGAUGGACAGAAGCCACACUCAACUUCAGGAAGCUCAGCUGUUGACAAACCAAAGAGGAUUGCAACCACAAGGCAAGCUGAUGGUGAUGAUGAAGAUAGCUGUGACCCUGAGCAUGAUGGAAAAGGGCGUGUUAAGAGGCCAAAGAAAACUGUACAUAAACGAAAGCGUCAAGACGAUGAAGACUGGGAUGGAGAGGACAGACAGACUACUGCCACCAGAUCCCCUCGGAAGGACCGAAAGAAGACUGCAGUUACAAGAGAACGCAGUGAUGUUGAUGCUCCAGAAAUGGAAGUUAAGAAACAAGGUAAGAGACCCUGGAAUGACCAGGAGAGGACUGCAGUCAAACGACACCUUGGCAAGUUCAUCGCACUGAAGAAAGUUCCAGCAAAGCAGGACUGCCUCAUGUGUAUUGACAAAGAGUCUUCAGUCCUAAGAGCGCGGACAUGGAAAGACGUGAAAUAUUUUGUUUACAAUGAAAUUGUUAAAAUCAAGAGAAAGCUUGCGUUCUGAAUUAAUAGACUGUAACAGAGGGAGGAAACCGAGAUGAGGGGCUAGAAGAUGAGGGAGAGAAGCGGGAGAGAGUAAGAGGGUGAUUAUUCCUGUCUUUUAAACGUUUUUUUAUUGUCUGUUCAUAUGUUCAUUUGUUUGGAGACCCUUUAGCCAUGCCCUAGAGCACAGCAAAUCUUUUAAAUAAUAGUUUGUGUUGAGCAGGCACUGACACCUGCAGUUUCUUACCUUUCAGAAAGUUGUCUCAGGAUACACCUGGAUGUUCGGUAUUGUUCUUUUAAACUCCUGCAUUUUGAAAAGGUGCAAUACGUUAAUAUCUACUGCACUUUGCACAACUGAAGAGUCUUGUAACUGGAGUAUUUGGUUUGCCAAGACUGGGUAUUAAAUAAUCCAGUGUUCACCA